GCCGCUCUCGCGCUCUCCCAGGCGAAGCGCGCUCCCGGCCGGCGCGCUCCGGGCUCCCGGCUUCUCCCGGCUGCUGUCAGUGCGGUGACUGCGCUGGGAAACAUGGCGACCGAGGGAAUGAUCCUCACCAACCACGACCAUCAGAUCCGCGUCGGUGUCCUCACAGUGAGUGAUAGCUGCUUCAGGAAUCUUGCAGAAGAUCGCAGUGGAAUAAAUCUCAAGGAUCUUGUUCAAGAUCCUUCUUUGUUGGGUGGGACUAUAUCGGCGUACAAGAUAGUACCAGAUGAACUAGAAGAAAUCAAGGAGACUCUUAUAGACUGGUGUGAUGACAAGGAGCUUAAUUUGAUAUUAACAACAGGAGGAACAGGGUUUGCACCACGAGAUGUCACUCCAGAGGCCACAAAAGAAGUAAUAGAACGGGAAGCGCCAGGAAUGGCCCUGGCGAUGCUGAUGGGAUCACUUAAUGUUACACCUCUGGGCAUGCUCUCUAGGCCUGUAUGUGGAAUCAGAGGGAAAACUCUCAUAAUUAACCUCCCAGGUAGCAAGAAAGGAUCUCAGGAAUGCUUUCAGUUCAUACUGCCAGCUCUACCUCAUGCCAUUGACCUUCUACGUGAUGCCAUUGUAAAAGUAAAGGAGGUGCAUGAUGAACUUGAGGAUUUGCCUUCCCCACCGCCUCCUCUUUCCCCACCUCCUACAACUAGCCCUCAUAAACAGACUGAAGACAAAGGGGUUCAGUGUGAAGAAGAGGAAGAAGAAAAGAAAGACAGUGGUGUUGCUUCAACAGAAGAUAGUUCCUCAUCACAUAUAACUGCAGCAGCCAUUGCUGCCAAGAAGCAUCCAUUCUACACCAAUCCUGCUGUUAUCAUGGCACAUGAUGGGCAGCCCAUUCCUGGUCUCAUCAGUUAUUCCCAUCAUGCAACAGGCAGUGCAGAUGAACGGAUUCCAGACUCCAUCAUUUCUCGUGGUGUUCAGGUGCUCCCACGAGACACAGCCUCCCUCAGCACUACUCCUUCAGAAUCACCUCGUGCUCAGGCCACAUCCCGCCUCUCUACAGCUUCCUGCCCAACACCAAAACAAAUUAGACGGCCGGAUGAAAGCAAAGGAGUUGCUAGUAGAGUUGGAUCCCUCAAACUCCAUGGAAAGCUGGAGGAGCUCAGAGAUCACCUAGAAGGCAAUGUGAAAGGACACUCUCUCAGAGUGCAUCUCCACUCUAGAUUGGAAGGGCUUAAAGAUGAACUCUGGAGGAAUAGAGGCUACGACUUAAGAGUCCAGUCCAGGUGCAGCAGCAAGGAGAACAUCCUCAGAGCCAGUCACAGUGCUGUUGAUAUCACCAAGGUGGCUAGAAGACAUCGCAUGUCUCCUUUUCCUCUGACAUCUAUGGACAAAGCCUUUAUUACAGUCCUGGAAAUGACUCCGGUGCUUGGGACAGAAAUAAUCAAUUAUCGAGAUGGAAUGGGACGAGUCCUUGCUCAAGAUGUAUAUGCAAAAGACAACCUACCCCCAUUCCCGGCAUCAGUAAAAGAUGGAUAUGCCGUCCGAGCUGCUGAUGGCCCAGGAGAUCGAUUCAUCAUUGGGGAAUCACAAGCUGGUGAACAGCCAACUCAGACAGUAAUGCCAGGACAAGUCAUGCGAGUUACAACAGGUGCUCCAAUCCCCUGUGGUGCUGAUGCAGUAGUACAAGUGGAAGAUACUGAACUAAUCAGGGAAUCGGAUGAUGGCACUGAAGAACUUGAGGUGCGAAUUCUGGUGCAGGCUCGGCCAGGCCAAGAUAUAAGACCCAUCGGCCAUGACAUUAAAAGAGGGGAAUGCGUUUUGGCCAAAGGAACCCACAUGGGCCCCUCAGAGAUUGGUCUCCUGGCAACUGUAGGUGUCACAGAGGUUGAAGUUAAUAAGUUUCCAGUGGUUGCAGUCAUGUCAACAGGGAAUGAGCUGCUAAAUCCUGAAGAUGACCUCUUACCAGGAAAGAUUCGAGACAGCAAUCGUUCAACCCUCCUAGCAACAAUUCAGGAACAUGGUUACCCCACAAUCAACUUAGGAAUUGUGGGGGACAACCCAGAUGACUUACUCAAUGCCUUGAAUGAGGGUAUCAGUCGUGCUGAUGUCAUCAUCACAUCAGGAGGUGUAUCCAUGGGGGAAAAGGACUAUCUCAAGCAGGUGCUGGACAUUGAUCUUCAUGCGCAGAUCCACUUUGGCAGGGUUUUUAUGAAACCAGGCUUGCCAACAACAUUUGCAACUCUGGAUAUUGAUGGUGUAAGAAAAAUUAUUUUUGCACUACCAGGGAAUCCUGUAUCAGCUGUGGUCACCUGCAAUCUCUUUGUUGUGCCUGCACUGAGAAAGAUGCAGGGUAUCUUGGAUCCUCGGCCAACCAUCAUCAAAGCCAGGUUAUCAUGUGAUGUAAAACUGGACCCUCGCCCAGAAUACCAUCGAUGUAUAUUGACUUGGCAUCAUCAAGAACCACUGCCUUGGGCACAGAGUACAGGUAAUCAGAUGAGCAGCCGGCUGAUGAGCAUGCGCAGCGCCAAUGGAUUGUUGAUGCUACCUCCAAAGACAGAGCAGUACGUGGAGCUCCACAAGGGCGAGGUGGUGGAUGUCAUGGUCAUCGGACGGCUAUGAUGGUCACAGCAGGAGAGAGCUUUGAUGCAUGUCCACAUAUCAUUGACUGUAUCCUGUAAUAUGCAACGGCACAGCUAGUUUUUCUGGUUUGGAUAAAAGUUGAUCUGUAUAGUCAACAUCUUGAACUAUAUUUCAAAUGAAUUUAAAUACCUUUUAAAGAAAAAAAAAACACCUAAGAAUAAAUCUUAACAGACAACUCUAUUCUGAUUCUAUCAAAGCAAAAUUUUCCUUUCUUGCAAAUUGCUUUGUGUGUUCAAUGCUAGGUCUGAUAGCGAUAGCUUUUAGUAGACAGCGGUAGGUGCCUGCAGAACUUGUGUUUUUUCUCAUCGUUAAAAUCCAACUACUUAUGCUCUUAAUCAAGGCUGUCUGCUUAUUUAUACUAGUGUAGGCGACACUUGGAUUUCCCUUCUUAGUAUGCUUCACAACCGCUCUACAGAGAGCUUUGGCUUUGUUCUUUAUCGCGUAGCUCAUGUCUAUGUGCUCUGUGCCACAAGAAGAGGGACUGGGGGAGGCCCAGCCCCGCCGCAAGGACAGCCCUGCAGAGGACCCAGGGCGCUUCUCACCCUGUCAACCUCAUGGCACAGUACUCUCGGGCAGUAACUGGAUACCUUUUAUUUGAACAAACUGGGGGAAAAUGCUUCCUUAAGUGCUGACAGCCUUUUUAACCAACACAUUUAAAAUUGUACAGAACAAAACAAUAAAAUCAAAGACUGAUCUUGUACAGAUAUUAGUGUUACCAGCAUUCAUGUGGAAAUCAAGAGCAAAGACAAAAUAAUGUUAAACAACUCUGUACCAUAACAUUUUCUGUAAUGAUACUGAAACUUAAUGAAUAAAAAAAAAAA